UAUAAAGCUGGCAAGGAGCAUCUCUCCUCACUCUCCGGGUCAAAAGCGGGGUUCGCUGUUACCAAGUGCUUGGUGCUGCAACUGAAACUGGGAAGACGAUGUCAGCUGGCAAGAAGGGUAUCCUUGAGCGUCUGAACGCUGGCGAGGUGGUGAUUGGCGAUGGCGGCUUCGUGUUUGCUCUGGAGAAGAGAGGCUAUGUGAAGGCCGGGCCAUGGACUCCUGAGGCUUCUGUCACACACCCUGAGGCCGUGCGUCAGCUGCACAGGGAGUUCCUGAGGGCAGGAUCUAAUGUCAUGCAGACAUUCACGUUCUACGCCAGCGAUGACAAACUGGAGAACAGGGGUCAGAACUUGAAAAUCACUGGCGCAAAAAUCAACGAGGCCGCCUGUGACCUGGCGAGGGAAGUAGCCAGUGAAGGAGACGCCAUGGUAGCCGGUGGAGUGUGUCAGACUCCAUCCUACCUGAGCUGCAAGAGCGAGACAGAAGUGAAGGCCAUCUUCAAGAAACAGCUGGAGGUGUUCAUGAAGAAGAACGUGGACUUCCUGAUUGCUGAGUACUUUGAGCACGUUGAGGAGGCGGAGUGGGCCGUGCAGGUGCUGAAGACCAGCGGAAAGCCUGUGGCUGCUUCCCUGUGCAUCGGACCGGAGGGAGACAUGCACGGCGUCUCUCCUGGAGAGUGUGCUGUCAGGCUGGUGAAGGCCGGUGCCCAGAUUAUUGGAGUCAACUGCCACUUUGACCCAAUGACCUGCGUGAAGGCUGUUAAGAUGAUGAAGGAGGGAGUGGAGAAGGCCAGGCUGAAGGCUCACUACAUGGUGCAGCCCCUGGCAUUCCACACCCCCGACUGCAACUGCCAGGGAUUCAUCGAUCUGCCAGAGUUCCCCUUCGCCCUGGAGCCCAGGAUCCUGACCCGCUGGGACAUGCACGCAUAUGCCAGAGCAGCUUACCAGGCCGGUAUCCGCUUCAUUGGUGGCUGCUGUGGGUUCGAGCCUUACCACAUCAGGGCUAUUGCAGAGGAGCUGGCCCCCGAGAGAGGGAUAAUGGCCGCUGCCUCAGAGAAACAUGGGAUGUGGGGCGCUGGUCUGGAGAUGCACACCAAACCCUGGGUCAGAGCAAGGGCCCGUCGUGAUUACUGGGAGCAGCUCUCUCCCGCAUCCGGUCGUCCCAAGUGCCCUUCCAUGUCCACGCCAGAGGGCUGGGGUGUGACCAAGGGCCACGCUGACCUGCUGCAGCACAAAGAGGCCACCACCAGCCAGGAAAUGAAGCACGUGCUGGAGAUGCAGAAGAAGGCCAAGUCCACUGCAUAAGCAAGGAAACCGCGGCACCCGUCCUUUCGGUUGGUCAACGAGAGAGGGACGAGGGGGAAGGAGUGAAGUCUUUCUGGGUCCAGUUUGGCGAUAAUAAGCACUUGUAACAGCGAUGCUCCAGUUGUGGAGUAUUACUUUGUAAACCCCAAACAAUAAACCUGAGUUUGUCACUCAAA